GCUGCCGCGGAGGACAGAAGUUUCCUUCCCUCUUCCUGGCUGCCCUGUGUGCGCCCCUGGCCGCGCCAGCGCACGGCAGAUGCAGCGCCGGCCGAGGACCACGAUGGCGGAGGAAGGCUCGGGCUGCACCCUGCGCCGCCCGCCCUGGGUGUCCAUCCUGCGGGUUGCUUUCCUGCUGUUUCUCAUCGGCAUGGUGAUAUAUUGCUUUCUCUGCAACCAGCGCCUCUCACAGCAGCAUCAGCUCGAAUCGCCUGGGUGGGACGUCGCUGAGCUCCAGCUGAAUCAUACAGGACCACGGCAGGACUUUAGGCUGCACUGGCAGGGCGGCCCGGCUCUGGGCCGCUCCUUCAUGCAUGGACCAGAGCUGGACAAUGGGCAGCUGUGUAUCCAGCGCACUGGCAUCUAUAGGCUGCACAUCCAGGUGACUCUGACCAACUGCUCCUCCUCCACAUGGACCAGCACGCUCCACAGGGCCACCCUGUCUGUGGGCAUCUGCUCCCCCACCACCCGCAGCAUCAGCCUGCUGCGUCUCAACUUCUACCGCAGUUGCACCGUCACCUCCCAGCGUCUGACGCCCUUGGCCCAUGGGGACACUCUCUGCACCAAUCUCACUCUACCGUGGCUGCCAUCCCGAAAUUCGGAUGAGACUUUUUUUGGGGUUCAGUGGGUGCACCCCUGACCAUUGUACCUCUUGGCCCAGAUUUGUUGGGAGAGGAUAUUUUUUCUCUUUGUUUACAUUUUCUUAUAGAAUCUUUUAUUUCUUGGUGCAUACAAUAUCUAUGAUGUUGUGAUUUAUAUUAAAAAAUGUAUAUGUGAUCUUCGUCUUAUUUCUGGCACAGAGCUCCUAAAGCCCUUGGAAUUUCCUAAGUGAAGAACGCAAUAAAGAUGUCUCUUGUUAUGUUAGUGAGGUGACAUUUGGAAAGCUCCUAGGUCACCUAAGAAGGGGGGCUGGUUGCCAGGGGAAGCAACCAUGUGAUUAAAGGGUUGGAAAUUUCAGCCCCAUCCCAGACUUCCGGGGAGGGGAGACCGGCUGGAGAUUGAAUCAAUCGUCAAUGGCCAGUGAAUUAACCAAUCAUGCCUAUGUAAUGGAGCCUCCAGAAAAACCCAAAAGGACUGGGUUCAGAGAGCUUCUGGGUUGGUGAACACGUGGAGAUUUGGGGAGAGUGGCAUGCUCAGAAAGGGCAUGGGAAGCUCUGCGUCCUUUCCCCAUAACUUGCUCUAUGCAUCUCUUCUAUCUGGCUCUUCCUGAGUUAUGCCUGUUGGUGUGAGGAACCCCCACCCACACGUUGGAAUUGGCACCAGAACCAAUUUAACCUUUUUGACAGUUGAGCAGACUGAAGGAUAGCUUACUUAAGUAAGGAUAUCACCCAUUUCAUUAAGGCAGAAGAUAAAGGAUAAUAAUAUUAUAUUAUUUGUAUAGUAAAUAUUGUGGUGGGUAAAAUUUUGAAGUAUUAAUUAAUGGAGUUUUAUUUAUUAUUUAUUUAUUUACUGUCUAUUUGUGGUCUUUCCCUUAUUUUCCAUCAUUUUGUUCCAGCCACAUGGUCCUUGCUGUUCCUGAGACACGCUGGGCACACUCCAGCCUCAGGGCCUUUGCACUGGCUGUUCCCUCUGCCUGAAAUAUUGUUUCCUCAGAUGGCCACAUGAUUCACUCACUCACCUCCCUCCGCCUUUGUUCCAAUAGUCACUGGUCCUUUCUGACUGCUUUACUUAAAACUGCAUUUUAAAUAAAGUGCACCUCCAACUCAGCA